ACAAGAAGCCCACUUUUGAUGGGCCAAAGCCCAAUUCCAGCAAACAAAUAAACCGAGUAAGUCGGUUGGGUUUUGCUUUUGCAGACAAAAUCCCACCUCCUGAAACCUGUUACUUUCUUUCUUUCUUUCUUUCUGUAGCUAUCAAUGGCCGCUGCUAGUAAAUACGCCAAACGCUUGUUGUUCAACACAGAUUUGAGUGCCAAAUUGGUUAGAACAAAGGAAUCAUAUCAAUGGUCUGUAUAUAACGCACUCAGUCGCUACGAAUCGCAAUGGUCAAAACUAGAAAAGCCUAACACAAAAGACGAAAAGGAUGCAUCUGUUUUACCCCGAAUAUCUCAACAAGCUAGUCAAACGGAGUCAAAUUCCGUUCAUAACAAAGACAAUUCCGAUGAAGAUGAUGCAGUUAGUAACAACAACAACAACAACAAGUGGAAGCUAGAGCUAGCUUGGCUCACAAAAGCACUUGAUCCCGCGCUGCAAUUGUGGAAAUGGCCCUUGCCUAUAGGCAACGCAAAUGCAAACAAUAUUCAGCCUGGAAGUCGAUCAUUUGCGGAGAUCCUUGCAAGCAUCCAAAAGAGUAAACUCGGAGUUCAAAAUUGGAGCUUGAGUGAUCUUACAAUAGGUUUAUACCUCGUUUACCUUCAACAAGCGUCCAAAAAUCCAUUCGAGGAUGUUAAGGGCGUAAAGAUUUCCAAUGACACAGUGGUUCAGGAUCUUAUAUACCAUGUAGAACUAGCAAAGGGGGCGUAUAGGGAUAGUGCAGCCGGUUUGGCGAAAAACAGCAUGCUUAGAGAAAGUAACGUAGUGAAGUUUGUGAGAAAUUCUAGCUUAUUGCGACCGGGAUAUUAUAUAGGGGUUGAUACGCGCAAUAAACUUGUGAUUUUUGGAAUUCGUGGAACUCAUACGGUUUCCGAUCUGAUUACCGAUAUUGUAUCGUCAAGUGACGUAGAAGUCAAUUUCGAAGGGUAUACGACUCAUUUCGGUACUUCUGAGGCUGCUCGUUGGUUUCUAACUCAUGAGAUAGGAACUAUUAAGACGUACCUUGAGAAGCACGAGGGAUUUAGGUUAAGGCUGGUGGGCCAUUCACUUGGUGGCGCGAUUGCUUCGAUGCUAGCGAUAAUGAUACGCAAAAAGACAAGCGAGGAGCUAGGUUUUAGCCCUGAGAUUGUUACGGCGGUUGGAUACGGGACACCGCCUUGUGUUUCUCGAGAGCUUGCUGAUUCCUGCUUUGAUUACGUUACGACCGUAUGCAUGCAGGAUGAUAUAAUCCCAAGGCUAAGUGUAGCUACCCUCAUGAGAUUGAGGAACGAAAUUCUUCGAACCGACUGGAGAACGAUAUUUGAGAAAGACGACUGGAGAAGCGUUGUAGAUUUAGUUACUAACGCAAAGCAGGUUGUCUCUUCUGUACAAGAUGUAGCUAAGAAGGUAGUUGAUUAUACCAAGUUUGGAAGCCAGACAAAAUUUAUCGAUGUUCCUGGCAAAAAAGAUUCAGUUGCAUUACAAAACAGUACCCCUUCAACCUCCAUACCGGAAGUAUCAAAAUCCGAUGACGUUAAAAAGGAAAGACACGAUUUGAGUUCGCCCGAAGAGGAACUAUUUAUCCCGGGCACGGUUUAUUAUCUAAAAAGGAAGGAAGAAAAACACAAUGGCAAUAAAGUAAAUAAGUUCACUCUUUGGAAGAGAAAUACAGGUGAACAUUUUCAAAGAAUACUAUUGUCAAAUAACUUGAUUUCAGAUCACAAAUGUGAUACCCAUUAUUAUGCUCUAAGGGAUGUCCUCAAAGGUAUUCCCGCGCCUCAAACUUAAAAAGGGUUCGUUUUACUUCGCUCU